UGGGGCCGGGCAAGUUUGUUACUCAAGUUUGGUGCCCCGAGGUCCCCGCGGCCGUCGCGCAGGUGCCCUCUGCAGGGGUCGGGAUGGAGCUUCCGGCCGUGAACCUCAAGGUGAUUCUCCUGGCUCACUGGCUGCUGACAACCUGGGGCAGCAUCGUGUUUGGGGGCCCCUACUCCUGGGCCAACUUCACCGUCCUGGCCUUGGGCGUGUGGGCCGUGGCACAGCCGGACUCCGUGGACGCAAUAAGCAUGUUUCUGGGGGGCCUGCUGGCCACCAUCUUGCUGGAUAUCAUCCACAUCAGCGUCUUCUACCCACGGAGCAGCAUGUCGGACACGGCUCGCUUCAGCGCCGGCAUGGCCGUCCUCAGCCUGCUGCUCAAGCCCUUCUCCUGCUGCCUGGUGCACCACAUGUACCGUGAGCGCGGGGGUGAGCCCCACUUCCACUCUGACUUCCUUGGGCCUUCUCGGGAGCGCAGUGCCUACCAGACAAUUGAGUCCACAGAACGGCCUGCAGACCCCUUCUCAGGCCCGGAUGCCAGGGGUCCAGACGCCUGAGGGUACUGAAGCUGGCCUCCUGCCCUGGCCCUGCCCAGGCUACAUCACCGCCCUGGUACCUGGGAGGUCCUGGGGAUACCUCUGACCUUCCUUACUAGACCUAAGAUGGAAUUGUCUUCCUCUCCCCAUCUCAGGGGCUGCUGAAUCCUGUGCGUGAGGGCCCAGGAUCCCCAUGGCUUCCCAGUCCCAUGGACUCAACAGUCCUCACUCUGAGGCCUGCUGUCCCUCCAGAGCACCCCACUGGUCCCCAUGCUGGAACCGUGACCUCUUUUUUUCUCCUCCCACCCCACAGUUGCACCGUGUAGGCCUCAGGCCCAGGUGUUCCUGAGUGUGGCUGGGAUGACCCCUCCCCGACCUGCCCCAGUUGGUCCCGCCCUUCGGCCCAAGUUCUGGGAGCAGCUGGCAUGGGAGUGAGGUCCCUGUGCUUCUCACUGCCUGGGGGCCCAGGCCUGGACUCCAGAGGACCUGCCACAGCCUGUAGCCGCCUUCUCAGAGCUGUAGCAUUAAAGUUCGGGGAUUCCAUGACUGGGCUGCGUCCUGAGCCAUGUUCUAUUUCCUGGCUGAGUAGGUUCCUGGCUUGCCCUUUCUGGGACAGUUUUUCCCAUGAGUCCCUGGGGAACCCCGGACUGAACUGCCCAGUUGACCCGAUAUGGCCGGAGGGAGCAGGGGCUCCCACUGGGCCUGCCUUGUUGCCAGUGCCAUAGCCGAGGAGGCCAAGGUCAGCGUGACACGUGUGUCCUCUCUGUGACUCUCAGGUUGUUAGGCAGAAAGCUGUCAUUAGCAGGCUAGAGACUGGCAGCUGCCGGCUGAUUGCAAAGCCAAGUCUUGAUGUUUUCUUUGCUUCACUUUCUUGAUCAUUAGCUGUGGAUAAGCUUCAGCUCACAAGGACAAAACCUCCCAAGAGUGCUGCUAAGGUCCAGGGCCAUGGAAAGUCCAGGCUGGGUGAGGGGUUAGAAAAAUCUCAAGGUGUCCAACUAAACAGAGCCAUCUGCCUAGAAAGUAGACCGGGACUUCCUUCUCUGCAUUAGGUAAACGGCCUGUUUUAUCUGAACGAACAAAGACCUGGGAAGAAGGAAAGCAUAUCCCUUAAAAGACCCAGUUACCUGAAUGCAACCUGAGACCUUAUUCAGUGCCGCUGCCAUCUUGGCGCUUGCCCACCUUCCUGUUUGAAGGUGCAUUCUCUCUUGCUUGCUCUGCAAAUCUGUUUUGCAAUAAACACUACUUGCACUC